AUGGAAUCGAUUGCAGCCUUCGAUCUCGUGGCGAGCCUGGGCUCUGUAGUGGACAUAGUAACUACAUUUACCGAAACACUUAACGACGCUCGCACGAAGUACGCUGGCAUUGAACUGAAAGCAGAGCUUUUGGUUGGACAAUUUCGAACCGUUCGAACGGCAUUGACCCAAGCUCGGGGGUUUGCUAUGGAAAUCUCACUACAGCAGCAGACCCAAUUCACGGUCGAGCUGAAGCGGUCUGUUGAUCACUGCAAGCUUCUUGCUCAGCAUGUUGACGAGCAGGUAUCACGGCUUGAUGGACUGUCUGACGACUUGCUCGCAGGCUCAUUCAGAGCUGAGACUCUUCUUGACGAGCGCAUGUUUUGGGAGAAUAUUCAGAAUCUGGUCAGCCAUGUUGCAGCCCUGAACAUAUGCCUGACUGCCUUCCGAUGCGACGCAAAAGCGUCUCAGCUGGUUGGCUUGGACAUUGUCGAGCUGCCGGUCGAGUCAGACAUUUUUGAGCUACCGGUCGAGUCGGAACUUGUUGAGCUGCCGGUCGGAUCGAGCCUUGUCGAGCUGCCGGUCGAGUCAGACCCUGUUGAGCUGCCGGUCGAGUCGAACAUCGUUGAGCUGCCUGACGGGUCGAGCAUUGUUGAGCUGCCAGUGCCUGACGAAGAGACUGACGAGGAUGAGACAGCUACCAUCAAGCUCGGUGAAAGGUUGAUGGCGAUUACAGGCCCCGUCGAUCUGCCGUCGUUUCUGGAACCUCGAACAAGAGAUCCCGCUGCUAAGACCAAGAAGCUUACGCUUCAUCGGUUGUUCCUGAGACCUCGAUCGCUGGGCAGUCCUCGGAGGCCGCCCGGUCAAGCCAAUGCUAGUGGCCAUGCCCCGAUCAUUGGCUCCGGUGCAAUACUUAAGGAUACGACGCUUUCGCCUCGCCUGUCACAAUCGGUUCGGGCUGAGGAUCGGCAGUUGAGAAUUCUUGCCAUGGGUCAGGAUCCUCCUGCAACGAUCAAACGACUGCGAUUCGCGCUGUCUCAUCCACCGACCAACGCAGAGCUCGCCCAGGAACGUCUGGAAAUAGUACCUUACCUCGUCAGAGCACUUCUCUCCUUGUCAAAGUCGCUCGACACCCCACCUCUCACUGAGCAGAACAUGCUUCGACUGGCCUGUACCCAGGAGCUGGAGUUCUUCGAGUCUGAUGGGAGCCCAGACUGGAUCGUGUCUCAGUCUAUCUAUCGUGCUGCACUAUCGCUGUACCAAGAUUUCCUGCGGAUGAUCGAUCAGGAAGCCCCGGGCGCUUACUUUGUCAAAGCGACCCCGAGGAUUAUGCACCCACACUUCAUACCAUCACAAGCAGAUAUCAUCAGACACAAAAGCGCGAACCGUUGCGUUACAGAGGCGAAGUUCGUUAUUGAUGGCAUUUCCGUGGAACUAUUCGACGUGCCGCAGCCCAAACUGGCCAGGUUCAUUCGCCACCAUGAGGAUGUCGAUGCGUUGCUUUUCUGUCUCGAUCUCUCAACAUAUGACAUGUACCCGAAAGGCUCCCAACACAAUCAAGUGGAAGUUGCUUUGCGAGAAUUGAAAGCCCGAUGCAGAUCCAGGAAGCUAUCGAACACGCCAGUCCUUGUGCUGUUGCGCAAUUCAGGGAGUUUUCGACGCAAGUUAGUCGCCUCACCUCUGCACAAUCACUUUCCGAGCUGCACACGAAAGCCCAAGUCGUACGAUGAAGCUCUCAUCUGGCUACAGAAGCACGUCAAGGACCAUUUGCAGACAUCACAGACCAUGUUACUCCACUGUGCUUACGAUGACACUGACGACGACUCAAUCAUCUCAUUCUUCGAGGAGAGUGUGAUCAAGCUUUCCCAGAUUCUCGCUUCUCAAAGAACCAUGAACGAACUCAUCGAUGAAGGCAUACUCAGCCCUCCUAGUAAUCGCAAGCAGCAGAAAAUUCACUACACAAUCAAAAUCGCGAGUACUUGA